AUGGCGACAGCGAAUCCUUUUGAUUUGUUGGGAGACGAUGAUACGGAGGACCUGUCGCAGCUUAUGCAAAAGAUCGAGCCGAAGAAAGCCCUAGCUCCCUCGGCCACACCAAAGCAUCAGCCGCAAAAUAAGUCGGCGGCUGCUGCGGCGAAUGCUAAGCUUCCCUCGAAGCCUCUUCCCCCGGCUCAGGCUGUCAGAGAGGCAAAAUCUGACUCUGCACGAGGAGGCCGUGGUGGACGAGGAUAUGGGCGUGGGCGUGGUGGUGGCCGUGGUUACAACAGAGACUCUACCAACAACGAGAAUUCAUAUGGAAAUAUGGAAAUUUCAGGUGGUCAAGGACCUCAAGAUGCAUCUGGAGAAGCCGAUACCAGAAAGCCGUUUGAAAGGCGUGGUGGCUAUGGUGGACCUCGUGGUCCUUAUGGAGGUGGUCGCCGAGGUGGCUUCAACAAUGGAGAAGUGGGGGAAGGUGAGCAGGAAAGGCCACGUCGGGUUUUUGAUCACCAUAGUGGCUCUGGGCAGGGAAAUGAGAUAAAACGUGAAGGAGCUGGCAGUGGUAACUGGGGAGCUCAGACUGAUGAACUGGUUGAAGUUACCGAGGAAGUUGUCAUUGAACGUGAGAAAAAUCUGAAUGCUGAGAGUCCCUCAGGAGAGGAGGAUGCAGCACAUGGAAACAAGGAAACUUCUGUAAUUGAAAUUGAAGAGAAGGAACCUGAAGAUAAAUUUAAGGAGAUGACUCUUGAAGAGUACGAGAAGGUUCUAGAGGAGAAAAGGAAGGCUCUCCAGAAUCUUAAAACUGAGGAGAGGAAAGUUGACGGGAAAGAGUUUGUAUCUAUGCAACAACUUGCAAACAAGAAAAAUAAUGAUGACAUAUUCAUCAAAUUGGGCUCUUUCAAGGAUAAGAAGAAAGAAUUGGCCGAGAAGGAAGAGAGAACCAAAAAGUCUGUCAGUAUUAACGAGUUCUUGAAGCCUGCUGAGGGUGAAAAGUACUAUUCUCCUGGUGGCCGUGGUCGUGGACGUGGUCGUGGUUCCAGAGGAGGUUACAAUGGUGGUGGUGAGAUGAGCAAUGAGAGAGCGCCUGCCAUUGAAGAUCCAGGACAGUUCCCUACCUUGGGUGGAAAAUGA